UUCAGACGUUUUGCAUGUCUGGGAAGCAGUAGGCCUACAAUGUGAAGCUUCGCUCUUCAGUGAAACGGCGUUUUCUUCCUAUAUCAGGCGACUUUCUAAAAACUUGAUUCAAAGAAGGCAACUUUUAUUUCAACUGUCAGUAUUUCUGACGCCUGGUUACUGUUAGCAAAGGAAGAUGAGUGACAAAGAGGAAAGAAAGCGGAGGUCCAAGCACAAGCGGUCACGGCGUUCCCGCUCCAGGUCCCGCUCUCCCUCCUGGUCUGACCGCUCCCGUUCCAGGUCGCAUUCCUACAGCCGCCGCCGGACGCACUCACGCAGUAGCUCCUACUCCAGGUCCCCCCGUCGCAGUUACCGCUCUCGAUCGCGCUCCCGGGACCGACACAACAGACGUUCCUACUCCAGGUCGCCAUACCGGAGCUACCGCUCGCGUUCGAGGGAUCGCAACAGGCGCCGGUCCUAUCGGGACAGAUACAGGAACCGAUCUUUGUCCAGGAGCCCACGCCGAACCUACAGACGUGAGCGCAGCACUUCUCCGCUGUCCGACAGGCGACGACAUGUUGGAAGUAGGGAUAACCCAGCUGAGAACUGUUGCAUUGGAGUGUUUGGACUGAGUCUGUAUACCACAGAAGCUGACUUGAGGGAAGUCUACACGGUGUACGGUCCACUGGAACGCUGUGAAGUUGUCUAUGACCACAAGACUGGUAGAUCCAGAGGCUUUGCAUUUGUCACUUUCCAGAAUGUCGAUGAUGCCAGAGAUGCAAAGAUUCGGACAGACGGGAUGGAUAUCGAUGGCCGACGCAUCCGCGUGGAUUUUUCCAUCACCAAGCGAGCGCACACCCCAACCCCAGGCAUCUACAUGGGCCAGCCCACCUACCUGCGUAGGGAGCACCGUGAAAACUCGCCAUACCGUGGUCACUCGAGGGGACGGUCCUACUCACGCUCUCGUUCCAGGUCACCGCACAGGUCACGGAAGAAGUCAUGGACCCGGUCCAGGUCACGAUCAAGGUCAUGAAGAACCAGCAUUCAAAGUAUAAGGGAUCUCCUGUGACAAAUGGAAUAAAUGUCUCCAUCAUCGAGAGAAUGAUCACUCUGCAGCUUCUUUCUUCGGAGUGUACGCUUGAAUUUUUACCGAAUACGACUAACUUUACUUCCAUGUACAUUAAUAAGUAACCUUGCAAGUAUCUUUAGUGUAGUGGCAUUGUAGCUUCAAAAAUCAAACCGUGAAUAUAUCGGAUAGGUGCUUGUUGAAUGUGGAAAUUCUGAAAUCAUUUGGAGAAGUGUGGAAAAUGUGAGGAAAGAUGCCCCAUUUUAGACACAUCCUAAUUACAGAAAAAAGUUCAGAGCUUGAACGGAGUUUUGACAGGCUGAAGUACAAUUUUCCCUUGCCACCCCCCUGUGUACACAGCUUCAGUCAUGAACCUGUUCUUGGCCCGCCAUUGUUCCUACAUUUUUCAAAGGGCUUCCAUGGGAUUUGUGAAGUUCUAUAAUCACGAACCCUCACCCGACCAUGGACCCUCUAUGGUCUGAUCAAGAAAUGUCAAAAGCACCAUGCAACCACAACGGUUUACCCAAGGUCGGCAGGAGGCAAGCAUUUCAUGCUCAUUUCAUGCGUAUAUCGGGGGGGUGGUAUAAAAUGAGAAGGAAACCUGGAAUUUUUAGAAUUGUUGGCAAAAUUUUCAUCUUUUUUAUUUAUGUUCAAUACAAAACAAACGAGGUGGCCUUUGGAUGUCAUACAUGUACACUGAUUGUACUCAGGCUUCCAAAUUCUGUUGUCAUGUCUGUUAUUGUUUACAAUUUUUUCCCGUCACAGUUAUCCAAUUUACUUACACCAAUGUGUGCUUGACUCAAUCUGUAUCUUGUUUCCUUAUUCAGUCACUGUAAAUUCACAAUGCAAAGUAUGUGCUACAUUCAGUUUGACAUGAAGGAGAAGUCAGAAUGUUUUUAAAUUGAUUAAAAGAUUGUUGUGAAAUUCUGCACUGCUUAAAAAUCAUUUUUGCUUUGUAUGCAAAUGGCUAUCACAUUCAUGUUUUGUUUUACGUGCAGAUACAUUGUACUUUUAGAGAUACGCGUAGUGAUAUUUGGGAUCAAAAAGGUUAUUUUUGGGGGGUUAAUACAUCCGCCAUUUUUUCUGUUACUCAAGAAGUGCGUAAACAGAAUACUUUGAAGUUUGAGUUCAGUACAACGUAGCUAGUGGUUGAUAUAGCGAGAGAAAUCUGUAGGACUUAUUAACAUACUUUAGUCUGGCAACAGCAGUUUUACACAAAUAGGCCUUAACUUCAAAUCACCACUUAUUCAGAAUUCCUUGUAUAGGAGCAACAUUUUUGUGUACAAAUUAUUUUCAGUUGCACGUAGUUCUGAGAAGAUAAUACCAGUAAACAAUACAUGCAUAUAUAUACAUACUGUUUGAACAGUUUGUUCUUUGAGAGAUUGCUCUUGUUUCUGACCUUGCCUUAAUCUUCACUUUAGAAUACCUCAUGUUGCUGUCGCGUCACACUCGCAAGUUGAUUUUUCGAACUUAUGCUGUUACAGUUGAUCAACAGCUGUAUUUCUUUGAAUUGAAUGUUGAAUUUCUUGAACUCUUUGUUUCAAAAUGAACUUUGUUUAUUAAAAAUUUUGCUUUCAGUGUGUAGACAGCUGGUUUGGACUUCAGAAGUCAAGCUUAUCGCCUGAAUGUUGUAGUUUUGCACAGUUAGUGAAUGCAAUAUUGCAAAAGUUAGAAUCAGUAAAUAUUUAUUUUUUUUAAGCUUUGAUCAAGUAGCAUUUCUUGGGUGACUUGUUGGACUCGUACCCUGGAGUUUCUUUGUAGAAACCUGCAUUUCAUCCUCUGAUACUGUUAGUUUAAGUCUUCAGUAAUUGAAAUCACAUUGUUUGCUAUGUUGCUAUGUUGUUUGAGAAAUUAAACCUGAUAAAAGGAAUGCCACUUUUUGGUUGUAGUGGAGUCUGUUUGCAGUAAGUUUGUUUACAGAAAUACACUCUCACACUAAGGUCCAGGUAAUACUGAUGUUGAUUUUGACAAUUGCGUUUAACUUCAAUUAUUACACAUGUAGUUCGUCUCAAUGUUUGUUGUUUUUUUAAUGUACCUGUUUAUGUUUUGGUUGUUCAAGAUGUGACAAAUAAACACCCCCCAUUCCCGUCCUUAA